CACGAGUAUCAGUACUGUGUGUGAGGACUAAAGCCACCUGAUAUCUGGCAACCACGGUGAUGUCACCGUGACGUAUCACGACUCAAAAAUCAUGGCGGACGAAGUGGAACAGCAACCAAGCACUAACACCGUAGAAGAACCGCUCGACCUGAUCAGACUCAGUCUGGAUGAGAGGAUCUACGUCAAGAUGAGGAAUGACCGAGAGCUGCGAGGACGGCUGCAUGCUUAUGAUCAGCACCUGAACAUGAUUCUGGGAGAUGUGGAAGAGACGGUGACCACGGUGGAAAUUGACGAGGAGACGUAUGAAGAACUAUACAAGUCGACCAAGAGGAACAUUCCCAUGCUGUUCGUCAGAGGUGACGGCGUCGUUCUUGUAGCGCCGCCCCUGCGGGUGGGCUGAACACAGGUGGCUUAAAAAAAAAAACCAACAACUGUUUUAGAAACGAGUGAGCUCUUUUUUUUGGCCAUCCUUUUCUUCUUUUUGAGACUGUGCGAUUUCAACAUUUUGCAUUAUGUGUACCCUUUUUUUAAAAAAAAUGUUAAUAUCACCAAACAACAAAAUAAUAAUCGCCGCUUUGAGUUCUUUUGAGGUUGUGAUCAAAUAAAUGCGUAUUAAUGACAAACAAA